AUGUAAAUGAACAUUUUUUUCGAGGUCUCAUGCAUAUUUAAAAAGGUCGUUAUGUCAUCUAUUGGAUGAUAUAUGGGUGAUAAUGGAUAAAUCCCCCACAGACAGCAAGUUCAUUGCGCAAAAACUGAUUGGUAGGUUAAGCUAUCGUGUCAGCUUUCGUCGCUGUCGUCGAUGUACUAAGAAUAGUCGCGCGAGUGUAUUCUUCAGAGACGUUUCAACCACCUGUGGAAUCUUGCGUUUCGUUUGAAAGAUAGCACGUUGUCAAAGAUCUCCAUGAAUUAUCCAUUAUUUUGUAACGAAAUCUAAAAACAUAACAUUAUUUUGUAAUAACGAAAUCUAAAAACAUAACAUUAAAAACAAUUAACGUUACCGGCAAGUGUGUAAAGUGUUCAUUACAUACAGUUUGUUAAUUAAAACAACAUGCUGCAAUAUACAGUUCUGGUAAUUGGUAGCGGUGGUAGAGAACAUGCUAUAUGUUGGAAAUUGUCUCAAUCACCACAUGUGAAACAAAUUUUGGUUGCUCCUGGAAAUGCUGGUAUCAAACUAGUAGAUAAAGUACAACUAAUUGAAUUAAAUAUUAAGAACACUAAGGAAGUUGCCAAAUGGAGUAAGAAUAAUAAUAUUGAUUUAGUUGUUGUCGGACCAGAAGAUCCUUUGUCUCAAGGUUUAGCAAAUGAUCUGAAAAAUGUAGAAGUAAAAUGUUUUGGACCACAAAGACAAGCAGCUCAAAUUGAAGCUAAUAAAGACUGGGCAAAGCAAUUUAUGGAUAGACACAAUAUACCUACUGCCAGAUGGCAAGGUUUUACAUCAGCUGCAGAUGCACAGAAGUUUGUUAAGACUGCUCCAUUUAAGGCGCUUGUAGUGAAAGCCUCUGGCUUGGCAGCUGGCAAAGGUGUUGUUGUGGCUAAAAACCAAGAGGAAGCUUGUCAAGCAAUAGAUGAAAUGUUAACCAGUAAGAAAUUUGGAGCUGCUGGUGAGACCAUUGUUGUAGAGGAACUUUUAGAAGGCGAAGAAAUAUCUGUACUUGCGUUUACUGAUGGCAAAACUGUCGUGCCUAUGAUGCCAGCACAGGAUCAUAAGAGAAUUUUUAAUGGAGAUACAGGGCCAAAUACAGGCGGAAUGGGUGCUUAUUGUCCUUGUCCACUGUUAAAUGAAGAUGAUUAUGAACAGGUGAAAAUAAAUGUCCUCCAGAAAGCUGUUGAUGGACUUAAAAAAGAAAAUAUUCCGUUCGUCGGUGUGUUGUAUGCUGGUUUAAUGCUGACUGAGGAAGGUCCCAAAGUUCUGGAAUUCAAUUGUAGGUUUGGUGACCCUGAAACGGAAGUAAUAUUACCGUUACUGACUUCGGACUUGUUCACAAUUAUGAAAGCUUGUUGCGAGGGGACUUUAGACAAGUCUCACGUUUCAUGGCGAGCAGAUGUAUUCGCCGUUGGUGUGAUUUUGGCGUCUCGUGGUUAUCCAGCAUCAUCGUCUAAGGGUCAAGUUAUAACUGGUAUUCAUGAAAUAUCGCGUAGACAGGACCACUUCGUUUUCCAUUGUGGAACUGCUGACUCUGGAGACGAUUUAGUGACUAACGGUGGGAGAGUUCUUAUCACCGUGAGCAUCGCACCAACCUUAACGUUAACGGCAGCUAGAGCUACACAAGCUGCACAGCAUGUAUCUUUCGACGGAAAACAAUUCAGGACAGACAUCGCACAUAAAGGAAUCGCUAGAUCUAUCUUGCAGAGAGGACAACUAACUUACAAGAGCAGCGGUGUAAAUAUAGACGCUGGUGACAAUCUUGUAUCGGCUAUUAAACCAGCCACUUGUUCCACCAAACGCAUCGGUACUUGUGGAUCUAUCGGUGGAUUUGGCGGCCUGUUCGAUGUAAAAGCCGCGGGUUAUAAGGAUCCUAUUUUAGUUUCUGGUACCGAUGGUGUUGGCACAAAAUUAAAAGUAGCAUUCGAAUGUAAUAAACACGAUACAGUAGGCAUAGAUUUAGUAGCUAUGUGCGUGAAUGAUAUUCUUGCACACAAUGCGGAGCCAUUGUUCUUCUUGGACUAUUUCGCAUGUGGCAAGCUCGACGUCGGAGUAGCCACAACAGUCGUAAACGGAAUAACUGAGGGUUGCAAGCUAGCAGGAUGUUGUUUGAUAGGUGGAGAAACGGCCGAAAUGCCGGAUAUGUAUUCCGAAGGAGAAUACGACUUAGCAGGUUUUGCAGUGGGUGCGGUCGAAAAAGACAAUUUACUGCCACGUGUAAAUGACAUAAAAGAAGGUGACGUUGUGAUCGGUCUUCCAUCCAGUGGUGUGCACAGUAACGGUUUCAGCUUAGUACGAAAAGUGUUGAAAAUCGCGGAUAAGAAAUACUCUGAUAUAGCACCUUUUUCAAAGAAGAAUAAAACCAUUGGUGAAGAACUACUGGAGCCGACGAAAAUUUAUGUGAAAAGCGUUAUUUCCGCCUUACGAACCAAUUUGGUGAAAGGAUUCGCGCACAUCACUGGCGGAGGUCUCACAGAAAAUGUACCAAGAAUUUUACCAGAGAAUUUGGGUGUAACGUUAGACGCGACUAAGUGGAAUGUCUUGCCAAUUUUUAGCUGGUUAGCCACGACUGGUGGAAUUAAUAAAUAUGAGAUGUUAAGGACAUUUAAUUGCGGGAUAGGUGCCAUUGUAAUAUGCUCCGAGAAAGACAAGCUCGAAGUUUUGAAUAAGCUAAAAGAUGAGAAUCCUAUGGUUAUUGGAAGUGUGAAUACGCAUCGUAGUAACCAAACUAAAGUGCAAGUGAAGAACUUUGAAAAGGUUCUGGAGUUGGAGAUGAAACAAUAUGUUCCCAACUUAGUUGCAACGUUGAGCAAAUCUGUGAAAAAAGUGGGUGUUUUGAUAUCUGGUAGUGGAACAAAUCUUCAAUCAUUGAUUGAUGCUACACAGGAUCCAUCUCAACACAUAGGAGCAGAAAUUGUUUUAGUGAUUUCUAAUAAACCUGGAGUUGAGGGACUAAAACGAGCUGAGAGAGCUGGCAUAAAGACAGUGGUAAUUAAACACACCAAUUAUCCAAAUCGUGAAACUUUUGACUCUGCCAUGAAUGUGGAGCUUCAUGCUGCUGGCGUAGAAAUAGUUUGUUUAGCUGGCUUUAUGCGAAUUCUCUCGGAGCAGUUUGUAAAGCACUGGAAAGGAGCUUUAUUGAAUAUUCACCCGUCACUACUACCAUCUUUUAAAGGAGCGAAUGCGCACAAGGACGUUUUAGCGGCGCGCGUACGUGUGUCGGGUUGUACUGUGCACUUUGUAGAGGUUGACAUAGAUUCAGGAGCUAUCGUCGAACAAGAAGCGGUACCCGUGCUACCUGAUGAUACUGAAAAAGUUUUGCAAGAACGCGUAAAAACUGCGGAGCAUCGAGCUUACCCUCGUGCUUUAAAACACUUGGCUACUGGACGUAUAAAAUUAAAAGAAGACCAUACCCUUCACUGGAAUUUCUAA